AUGACUCCAUACGACCUAUCCUCUUCUCAGCUGUACUGUCUAGCGGCUGGCGCUUUCUUCGUGGCGGUAGCCGUGCGCUACUUCCGCGGGCCCUCGCUUAAAGACAUCCGAGGCCCGCCGCGUUCUUCCUUCUGGCUCGGCAACAUGGGCGAUUACUUCUACCAGGCCGAGGUUGGUGAGAUCGAAUUCCAAUGGCUCAAAGAGUACGGUGGCGCUUGGAAGAUACACGAUCCGCUCGGGGGAGAUCGUCUCAUGUUGGCUGAUCCCAAAGGUUUACAAUACGUUCUCCAGACGUCGGGUUACCGCUUCCCAAAGAACUCUGAAAGUCGCGGCGAGAGCCACAUGGUCUUCGGUGACGGUAUUGUCUGGGCUGACGGUAGUCAACACCAGAAGCAGAGGAAGAUUAUGAACCCCGCCUUCUCCGUCCCUCAACUCAAGUCUUUCCUACCGACGUUCCUGCAAUAUGCGGAGAAGCUCGUGCAAAAAUGGAAGGAGGAAGAAAUCACGCCGGGUAGCGGCGCUAUCGACCCAGUUAUCAAUGUAUACUCUUGGCUCUCUCGCACUACGCUUGAUGUUAUUGGCGAAACGGGAUUCGGGUUCUCCUUCGGAAGCCUGGACCGUAAGCAGAGCGAUCUUGCGGAUGCGUAUGAGGGACUUUUCCUCGACGGGACGCUUUACCCACCUGCCUUAUGGCUUGUGUUCCGUAAAUGCUGGGACUAUAUUCCCAGUGGCGUUUUAUGGUAUCUCCGCUACGCGCCCGCGCGAGGGGCCCGCCGCUUCCGGACAUACUUGGAUUACAUUCGCAAAUUCGGUCGCGAACUUGUCUCUCAGGCCCAGGUUGACAACGAGGCCGCCUCAAAGGACGUCAUGAGUGUCCUCUUACGCGCCAAUGGAGCGGAAAAUGGUGCUCUCAAGCUCAGUGACGGCGAGCUCAUCGACCAAAUCUCCAACAUCAUCCUUGCCGGGCAUGAUACCACUUCUUCUUCCCUGACGUUCUGGUUAUGGGAGCUUGCACGCAACCCUGACUGGCAAACGCGCGUGCGGGAUGAAGUCCGCGAAGUCCGUCGCAAACUGGCUGAUCGCGGCGAUGUCGGGUUUAAUCUUGCCGACCUCGAGGGCAUGUCGGUCAUGCACGCGACGCUUAAGGAAGCGAUGCGCUUACAUCCUAUCGUCCCGUCGCUAGCCCGCAGAGCAGGCCAAGAUGAUGUGAUUCCGCUCGCUCACCCAAUAGUCACGGAAUCUGGACAGUCAAUCUCUUCCAUCCCUGUUCAGAAGGGCCAAGAAGUCCAUAUCAACAUAGCCUCUUAUAACCGCAAUCCUGAGGUCUGGGGUGCAGAUGCUCACCAAUGGAACCCGGAACGAUUCAUGAACCUCGACAAGUCCGCGCUGACCCCGGUCGGGCUCUACGCCAACCUACUGAACUUCUCGGCCGGCGUCCGUGGCUGUAUCGGUUGGCGUUUUGCCGUCAUCGAGAUGCAGGCCAUUGCCGCGACGCUGAUUGAGAGCUUCGAGUUCGCGCCGCCCCCGCACACCACGAUCAAGCGUCUGCCGACCAUCAUUAUGGCCCCCGCGGCUGAAGGUCAUGAUGGCGGCUGGUUGGGUCUCAAAGUCAAGUAUUGUGGGGCGACGUAG